GUCAGGCAGAAUGCCCCAAACGUGUGGCAACCUUUCAAUUGGGAUUUAAUAAAAGAAGUACAGAAAACAGUAAUGACUAAUAGACUGUCUGCUCCGUUUAGUCAGGUGUUAUUGGAGAAUAUAUUUUCUGGUCAAAUUUUAACGGGCUUUGACUGUACACAAUUGGCUACAAUGAUUUUAACCCCAACUCAGCGUCUAUUAUGGAAGGUGAAAUGGGCAGAAUUAUGUGAUUUAGCGGCACUAAGAAAUUUGGACCGCCCAGAAGGAGAUCCGCGGUAUAUGAUCACUACUGCACAAAUGAUGGGGACUGGUGACUUUGCAGAUGUUAAUAGGCAAGCAAGGCUACCGGUGGAAGUAUUACAAGAAUCAGCUUCCUUAGCUCUGAAGGCAAUGGUAACCUUGCCUGAAGCUGGAAAGCCACAACAAUCAUUUACAAGUAUAAGGCAGGGUAAUAAGGAACCUUAUAUGUCCUUUAUUGAUCGUCUGCGAGAUGCUAUUGAAAAGCAAAUAGAUAAUGCUGAUGCCAAAGAAGCAUUGAUAAUAACGUGGGGCCGAGGUUAUGCUUGUGUCAUUACAGAAAAUGGGCCGAAGUGGAUUCCAACUAAAUGGACGAAACCUUAUGCUGAGAUUGAUAUGGAACACACUGACUGUAGUAAGCAGCAUGACAGCGACACCGGUGAUUGAUCCACGUCGUUUAACACUGUGGGACAGUAAGAAUGUUUGGGUGACACUGGCUAAAGCUAUUAAUCAAGCCUCUUUUUGUGUGUCAUUGGCAUUACCUGAACAGUCUUUUAUUCUUAUGUAUUUUAUUAGGUAUAAUGUUGCUUUUGCCGUGUUUAAUUAACUGUGUUCAUAGGUUUUUGCAAAGGGCAAUACAGCACGUUGUUAAUUGUCGAAAAACAAAAA